UAUAUAAAAGAAUAAAAUAUGAUAAAAGAUAGUGGGCAAUCUUUGUCUGCGACCAACCCACAAACAAAAACAAAACGAUGUCACUAUUGGCGAAUGUGGUUCCUUGCGUUAAAAUUUCUCAACCCUCCAAUCCCAAUCUCAUCAUCUCUUGGUCUUCACUUCUCAACGCCUCCUCUCAUUUCCCCAAUCCUUUCAUCCAUCCAAAUCAAAAAUAUCCCAAUGGCCAAAGGAGGAUCGAUGGAGUCUGCGGCGGAUCGAUACCAAUCGACGUUGGAUGCCUUGUCGUCGUUGAUAACGAAAAAGAGCCGUGCUGACAAGAGUAAUAAAGGGGACCGCUACGACUUGCUCUUUGAUUAUUUGAAAAUUUUGGAACUGGAUGAGGCAAUUUCACAGUUGAAAAUCAUCCAUGUUGCUGGCACUAAAGGAAAGGGAUCAACAUGCACGUUUGCUGAAUCUAUAUUACGUAAUUGUGGGUUUCGAACUGGACUUUUCACAUCUCCUCAUCUUAUUGAUGUUCGUGAAAGGUUUCGACUGGAUGGUUUGGAAAUAAGUGAGGAGAAAUUCUUGGAAUAUUUCUGGUGGUGCUAUGAUAGGCUGAAGGAAGAAACCAAUGAUGAUGUACCAAUGCCUACAUACUUUCGCUUCCUGGCCUUGCUUGCCUUUAAGAUAUUUGCAGCAGAGCAGGUUGAUGUUGCAAUUCUGGAGGUUGGUUUGGGUGGAAGGUUUGAUGCAACCAAUGUGGUUGAAAAACCUAUUGUGUGUGGUAUAUCUUCCCUUGGGUAUGAUCACAUGGAGAUUCUUGGAAAUACUCUGGGAGAAAUUGCUGGGGAGAAGGCUGGUAUUUUUAAGCAUGAAAUCCCGGCCUUUACUGUACCUCAACCUGAUGAGGCAAUGCAUGUGCUUGAAGAGAAAGCUUCAAAGUUGAAUGUAAACCUUCAAGUAGCACAUCCACUAAAUGUGAAUUUGCUGAAUGGUCUAAAACUUGCACUUGAAGGUGAACAUCAAUAUUUGAAUGCUGGUCUUGCUGUUGCACUGUGUUCUACUUGGCUUCAGAGGACUGGUCAUCCUAUUAUCAAUUUCAAUCAAACAGGUCCAUUACCUGAACCAUUUAUUAAGGGCCUAACCACAGCAAGUUUGCAAGGGCGGGCUCAGAUUGUCCCUGACAUUGAAAGCCCUGGAAAUCUGGUUUUUUAUUUGGAUGGAGCCCACAGUCCUGAAAGCAUGGAAGCGUGUGCAAGGUGGUUUUCUCUUUGCACUAGGGAUGAUAAUCACCUAUCUAACCUGAAUUAUCAGCCGCAGCAGCAUAUGGAUGAAGGAUCUAAGAAGGAUACUGCCCAGAUUCUGCUAUUCAAUUGUAUGUCAGUGCGAGAUCCUCAGUUGCUUCUGCCUCGCUUGAUGAGGACAUGUGCCAGCCAUGGUGUCUGCUUCAAGAAGGCUCUCUUUGUGCCAAACAUAUCCGUGUAUCACAAGGUUGGAUCCCAGGCUUUACCCACAAUUGAUCCUCAAGUUGAUUUGUCAUGGCAAUUUGCUCUUCAAAGAGCAUGGGAAAGCCUUAUGCAGAGUGAUAAAGGAGGGGAGCCCAGUAACACAGACCAAGCUUGUGAAGAAGUGAAAGAUGAUACAGGAAUGAGCGUUAUGAGUUGUAAAAACAGUUCUAUCUUUUCUUCUCUACCAUCAGCUAUUAAAUGGCUCAGGGAUACUGCCCAGAAGGAUCGAUUUGUUCGUUUUCAGGUCCUUGUAACUGGUUCCUUGCAUCUCGUUGGUGAUGUCUUGAGAUUAAUCAAGAAAUAAGGCCAAAUCUCCAUAUGCGCUCGUAGUUCUUCCUACAUUGUUGGUGUAACAGACAUCGGUUCAUUUUCUUUACAAGUGAGGCAACGUCUCCACUGUCUCCCAACUGCCUGCUAAUGGCUUCCGAGCUGUCGGAUUUUCGGGGGUUGCUGGUUUAGGUAAAAACACCUUUUAUGAAUUUUGGGGUUGGCAUAGCUUACAUGAGCAACAAUUGAAUUAUUGUUUUUGAAACAUGUUGAGAUAAAUCCAGCAAAACAUUGCAAUUCAUUUUGGAUGACAACUGACAGUUUUAUGUUCAUUACUUUUAAGCCUUACAACCCUUCUGCCUGUCUAGAGAUAUUUGUAGGAUCAUUGAGUUUUAAUUUUCUUUUAAACCCAUUAAUAUUUAUAAAUAGUUAAUCCAAUUUCAUUUAGGUUGGCACA